AUGGCCGAUCCUGUAAUUGGUGCUACAGUUCAAGUUUUGCUUGAAAAACUGCUUUCUCUCACUAUUGAGGAACUCAGUAGCUCAAGGGACUGCAAGAAAGAUCUGGAAAUGCUUACAAAAAAUGUAUCCUUGAUCCAAGCUUUCAUUCAUGAUGCUGAAAGACGACAAGUUGAGGAUCAGGCUGUCAAACUAUGGCUCAAGAGGCUUGAGAAAGCUGCUGAAAAUAUGUUUGAUGAAUUUAGGUAUGAAUCUAUCAAAAGACAAGUGAAAAUCCGAAACAAACCGAUGAAAAAGGUCAGUGAUUACUUUUCUCAUACAGCUUUGAAGAGCAAAAUGUCACGAAAAACCAACAACAUCAAUGAAGAGUUAAGGGCUGUCAAUAAGUUAGCCAAAAACCUCGGUCUCCAAUUACUCAUGGUUCCUCCUCGGCAAACACUACCAAUUUGUGAAACAGAUUUCGUAGUAGUUGCUUCGGAGGUUGUUGGUAGAGACAACGAUGUUGCAGAGAUAAAGAGGAAGAUGUUGAACAUGAGAGAUGAUAUUGUUCUGUGCUCCAUUCCCAUAGUGGGUCUGGGGGGUUUAGGGAAAACAGCUGUGGCUAAGAGAAUUUUCAACAAUGAACAAAUCGAGAAACACUUUGAAAAGAGAGUUUGGUUGUGUCUACCUGAAAUGUCAGAAACGAAGAGCUUUCUUCAACUAAUCCUCGAAUCAUUGAUAAAGAGGAAAGUUGAGGUCCAAAGCAGAGACAUAAUAGUCAAGAUGCUACAAGAUAAACUGGCAGGAAGAAAGUAUUUGCUUGUCCUGGAUGAUUUGUGGCGUGUUAACUCUACAUUGUGGGUAGAGUUUGUAGAUACUUUGCGAGGAAUGAAUACAUCCCGAGGAAACUUCAUUCUCGUGACUACUCGUAUGGAACAGGUGGCAUCCACAGUAGCAACUGUAGCUCCUCAUAAGUUGGAAAAAUUAGCAAAAGAUCAUCCAUUUUCAAACAAAGAGCAUUUGUUGAUGGGGAAGUUCCAGAGGAAAUAG